ACCUUCCCUAGGUUUUUGUCAACUUAAUGGCAUUAAGUAAGAGCUGAUGGUACAUAAACAUUGGCCUCUCCUUUGUUCCUUAUUUGAUAAGAAUCAUGCCUUCACUUGUUUUCACUUAUGAUUCAGUCCAUGCCAAGCAGGAAAAAUGCAUUCACCUGUGGUGGUUAUAUUGAUGGUGUUGCUUGUAGCGACAUCUGCAUUCUCUGGAUAUGUGUCACCAAGAAAUUGGCAGCGGCAGGCUGAGGAUGAAUUCCUGGUGGGUGUGGGAAUUGCUGAUGUGACUGGACCCUGCACUGAAGUUGGAAUGAUGGGGUAUGCAUCAGCAUCCCAAGUGUCAACAGGGAUCCAUUUCCGUCAAUGGGCUCGCUCAUUCAUCAUCUGCAGUGGUGCUGAUGAGUGUGUUGUGUUUGUGAGCUCUGAUAUUGGCAUGAUGUCUGCUGCAACUACAUCAUUGGUUCUAGACAAGCUGGCAAUCAAGUUCCCAGGCUUGUAUGGCAGGCACAAUGUCCUGCUCAGUGGUACCCACACUCACUCUGGGCCAGCUGGGUACCUCCAGUACUUUCUCUUCCAGAUCACCAAUCUUGGCUACAUUGCUGACAGCACUGAUGCCAUAGUGGAAGGCAUUGUAGAGAGCAUUGAAGCAGCACAUGCAAAUCUUCAGCCAGGCCACAUUUGGUAUGGAGAAACACAAGUGAAUGAUGCCAACAUCAACCGCAGUCCAAUGGCAUAUCUCAACAACCCUGUGGAGGAGCAAAACAGAUACGAAUUUGAUGUGGACAAGACAAUGUGGCUUUUGCGUUUUGAUGAUGCCCAAGGCAAUCCCCUGGGUGUUCUGAAUUGGUUUGCUGUCCAUCCCACAUCAAUGAACAACACCAACACCCUAGUAUCUGGUGACAACAAAGGAGUGGCUUCUAUGCUGUUUGAACAGGCUCUGAAUCCAGAAAGUUUGCCAGGACAGGGCAAGUUUGUGGCAGCUUUUGCAGCAUCCAACUUGGGUGACGUGUCUCCCAACAUCCAGGGCCCCAAGUGCCAAGACACUGGCCUUCCUUGCGACCAACUGACUUCUACUUGUGGCGGGUUCGUCCAGCUCUGCGUGGCCAGUGGGCCAGGUAGGGACAUGGAGGAAAGCACCUCGAUAAUUGGCAAUCGCCAGUUUGAGGCGGCAUAUGAAUUGUUCAACAACAGGAGCUUGUUGGUUCCCAUCAUUGGUUCAGUGAAAACCAAGCACCAGUAUAUCAAUAUGAGCAGCUAUGAGUUCCAGGAACUUUCAUCCAAUGGAGAAAUGGAAACAUACACUUUCCCAUACAAAUGGCAGCCAGAUGUGGUGGACACAUCAGUGGUCCUCAUUGGCAGUUUGGCCAUUCUUGGUGUACCUGGUGAGCUGACAACCAUGUCUGGCCGUCGAAUGAGGGAUACUGUGGCUAAGGUGAUGAAUGAACAUGGCAUUGUGGACCCAAAGCCAAUCAUUGCUGGCCUCACCAAUGUCUACUCAGACUAUGUUACAACAUUUGAAGAGUACCAGAUUCAACGCUAUGAAGGAGCUUCCACAAUAUAUGGGCCCAACACCCUUGGGGCAUAUCUGGACCAAUAUAAGUUCCUGGUCAAUGCUACUCUGCAAGGACUGGAGCUGGAUGCUGGACCAUUGCCACCAAACCUUUUGGAUGACCAAAUCAGCUUUGUGUUUGAUCCUCAGUAUGAUGGGGCUUUGUUUGAUAACUAUGGGGAUUGCCUCAGAAAUCCAUACCCAUCUUACAGAGGUGGGGAGACUGUGGAUGUCAUAUUUAGAGCUGGUAAUCCGAGGAACAAUGUGAGGAGAGGAGGGACUUACCUCACAGUGGAACACAGGCAGAAUGAUGACACAUGGAAAGUUAUUGGAACAGAUGCCAAUUGGGAAACAAAGUUUUCUUGGGAACGAACCAAUUCUCUGACAGGAGAAAGUGAAGCACGGAUUCAAUGGACCAUCCCAGUGAACACAGAGGGUGUUUUUCGCAUCCGGCACUUUGGUGACCACAAACAGAUCAUCACAGGGACCAUCUCCCCAUAUUCUGGAAUUUGUGGUCCAUUUGAAGUCCAUGCCACUGGUUGAUCAGAUAUGUAGAAUCCUUGCGGAGGAAAGUUUCGGAAUUCUUGCCAAUAUGCCGCAGAAAACCCCACCAAUGACUUACUUUCACGCUUCUAUAUUUGCCCACAAGAGUUGAUCUGUACCGAAUAAAGGAAGUAUUUGAGCCA